CAGCUCUGCAGCGUCUCCGCAGCCCGACGGCCAGCAAGCACAUCUCUCUCUUCUGUUGUCUCAUAAAUCUCAUCUCUUGCACAUCGGCGACGCUCUCUUCAUCCCCCCCACGCUCAACACUCACGAUGGCAGGCGAGUUCAGCACGGAAGUGCUGGUCAACUACGCCAUCCUCUAUGGCUACUUCGCCAUCAUCCUCGCCUGCUUCGCUGCCGUCAUCGCCUCCAUCCUCGACCAGAGGCCUUCCAAGGAAAAGGUCCUCAGCGGCCGCCCGUUCCUCUUCAUUCGUUGUGCUGUCGGCGGCCUUCUCUCAACAUGGUACUUCAUGAUCCUUUUCAUGAAGUGGUCUUACACGAACUACAUUUCCGUUCGCCCCGGCGCGACUGCGGGGGACUGGCUUGUCAACACCUCGCUCUUUGCACAGGCAUGGCGAGCAGUCUGCGUCGGUGCCCCCAACUGGUGGUGGAGCAGCUGGAUCUGCACCGCCGCCAUCUUUUUCGCGGCCAUCAUUUGGUCUGAGACCUUCCGCCGCGGCAUCAAGUACCCCGCGGUGUAUAUGAUUCUCGGCCAGCUCGUCGCUAUCUCGGUCGCGGUCGCGCUUUUCCUGACCGCCGUGUAUCUUCAUGAGCCUAUUCCGGGCCGCAAGCCGAGGGCGCCGCUCAUGCUCUGCUUCCUGCUCAUCUCGGCGCAGGUAGGAAUGUUCAUCCUUCCCGAGCUCGCAGAUCAGCCGGCCUUCGUCCACGUCCUCGGCUUCAUCCACGGCGCGGUGGUGAUCCCGCUGUUCUUCAUUCCCAAGAACGGGCGAAACGAGUCGGGCUCCCUCCCCUUCGGCGGCCUCUACGUGCUCCUCACAGUCCUCGCGGCCAUCAUUCAUACGUUGACUACCAUCCGCGUGCUCGACAUGCUCCCAGCCGCCAAGUGGCUGCCGCAGUAUCUGUACAAGAUCUUCCUCAGCCACCCGGCCCAGGGCUCCGUCUCAUUCGAUGUCGUGUGGGUCGCCAUCAUUCUUGUUUCCUGGUGGAUCGCCAAGGGGUCAACUGUCAGCAUCAUCGCCAAGUUUGCUCUCCUGACAGCGGUCGGCGGCGUUGCCGCUGCUCGUCACUACGGAGUAAACUGGUACCUCCUCGGCAGCUUCGUGCCCAUCUUCGCUCUGCUUCUUGUGGCAGGCGCAGCGUUCGGACUGUCAAAUGUGCGAUCGCGUAACGACGAGAAGCGCGCCGCAGUUCUGGAUAAGCUGGGCAUCAAGGAGCAGGGUGUGAUCCCUGGCACCACCAAGGAGCCACCUUCGAUUGCCAAGAAGCGUCUGAUCGUUGGGUUUUGGCACCCGUACUGCAAUGCAGGAGGUGGUGGAGAGCGCGUGCUCUGGACCGCAAUCGCAUGGCUUCAGCGAGUCCACCCCCGAGUGAUCGUCCUGGUGUACAGCGGCGACUUCCCUGCCGCGUCCAAGGAGCAGAUCAUCGCCAAAGUCAAUGAGCGCUUCUCGAUCAAGCUGUCCCCAGCGACGCUGGUAUUCGUUCCCCUGCCUUCGCGGCACCUCAUCUCCGACGACUACUGGCGCCGCUUCACGCUUCUUGGCCAGUCCGUGGGCAGUGUGAUGCUGGCUUGGGAGGGGCUUUGCGGCCGCGAUGGCCUCUGGGGAGAUAUUUUCAUCGACUCGAUGGGGUACGCCUUCACGUUGCCUUUGGUGCGCCUCUUGGCGGGCCGGGACAUCGCCAUUGGCUCGUACACGCACUAUCCCACGGUCAGCAGCGACAUGGUUAAGCGUGUGCGUGAGCGUGUCGCGGGUGUCGAGAACGGCGGUGCCUCGAAGAGCGCGUCCCGGACCUGGGCAAAGCUUGUUUACUACAGGAUGUUCACGUCGCUGUACAGGGUUGCGCUACUGUUCUCGCAGCAUAUUAUGACCAACUCGUCAUGGACCCAGGCGCACAUCCAGUCGCUUCUCAACGACGGCCGUCACUCGCUGCUGGCCAGCCUGUUGCUUAUGGAUGAUGCCUCGCGAAACGCAGGUGACACGGCGCGUGUAUGCGAGGUGGUUUACCCACCUUGCGACACGACGGAGCUUUCCAAGUUGGGGAACCUCGAUUCGCGCAAGCGUGAGCUCGUUUCCUUGGCCCAGUUCAGGCCAGAGAAGGACCAGGCUAAGCAGUUGCAUGCGCUGAGCAUACUGUUCGAGAAGCACCCCGAAUACAAGACCGGUGCCGGUCGGGUUCAUCUUACGCUUAUGGGUGGAUGCCGCGACGCCGCCGACGAGGCGCGUGUGGAGGACCUUGGGAAGCUGGCGAAGAAGCUCGGUAUUCAGGAACAGGUGACGUUCCUGGUGAACGCGCCUUACCCGGAGAUCGUCGCCAAGCUAGGCUCGGCGUCGGUGGGACUGAACACGAUGCAGGACGAGCACUUUGGCAUCAACGUUGUGGAGUUUAUGGCCGCGGGACUCAUUCCCGUGGUUCACGCGUCGGCUGGACCACUCCUCGACAUUGUCGUGCCACAUGACGGCAUCAAGACAGGCUUCCAUGCGACGGACGCCGAAUCGUUCGCCGAUGCCAUUCACGAGGCGCUGUCGCUGCCUCAACAGCAUGAGAUGGCGAUGCGGCGGGCAGCGCGUGCUCUGGCUCGUGACAAGUUCUCGGAGGCUGCAUUUGAGCGGGCCUUCUCCCGUGGAUGGGGACGCCUUGUGCGGGCUGCUGCGGGAAGCGGCGCCGAGACUGGCAAUGACCAAGUGGAGGGUGAGGUGGGGGGCCUGCUGCAGGUUCCAGGCAAGCAGUAGAGAUGACGAGGACGAGGAGGAGGAGGAGGACGAGGAGGAGGAGGAGGAGUCGGUAGUAGAGGUGAUUAUAGAUGAGGUAGACUUUGAUAGAGUAAUGUUAAAUUGUCAGGGCGGGAUCCCGCUGGAGCUGCGGGAGGGCGGCAAGAUGAGAGUGGUAAACUGGAACCGAGUCCCGCACCCCUGUCAUUGCUCAUCGUGGCUUGCAAGCUGCCCUGGUACUGACUGGCAUGUGAGAGAGGGUGUGAGUGUCGUGAGUGUCGUGAGUAUCGUUUGAGUGUCGUUGAGUGUCGUUGAGAGUCGUUGAGAGUGCAGUGGAU